AUGUACUUGACAGGAUUAAUCACCGUUAUGCCUGUGGCACAGAGAAGACCUCGAAAUGUUGAAGAAGUGGCAAAGUUACGGGAAGCUAGUUUUGCCUACAGAGUUCGAGUCACUAAAGACAACGGAGACGUGGUAGAUAUUAGUGUAUGUGCAAAAGCAUUUUGCUCAUUUCAUGGCAUUAGUAAAAAUAAACUUUACUAUCUACAGCAAAGUUUAAAAUCGACGGGCUCUGCACCUAUGGAUAAAAGGGGUAAGCAUUCCAAGAAACACAGGCAGCUCAAUGAGGCUACUGCUGCUUUAAUUGCCAGUCAUAUCAAAAGUUUCAAAGCUCGCCAGAGUCAUUACAGUCUUAAAGACUCAACCAAAACUUAUUUGCCAGAAAGCCUUAACAUAAAGACAAUGUACAAACUAUUCAAAGAACUACAUCCUGCAGCAGUUGUGUCUUACGACACUUACAGGCAAAUGUUCAACACGCAGUUCAAUAUUUCUUUUGGAUAUCCGCGUACGGAUACUUGUGCAGUGUGCGAUGAAUAUACGGCAAAGGUUAAAGCGUUAUCUGUGAAAAGAAAUGAACAACAGAUUCAGCAGCUAACAGCAAUGAAUAUCCUUCAUAAAAAAAGAGCAGAAACUUUUUACAACCUCAAAAAAAAUCCAAAAUCGGAGCAAAAAAAAAAUAAGAAGAAAGAAGCCAUAUGCAUAGAUUUUGCAAAAAAUAUAUCCUUGCCGAAUAUAGCUACUAACGACGUAUACUACAAACGGCAGCUCGCUAUGUAUUCCUUUAAUGUUCACGUUCUUUCAACUAGUGAAUCCAUUUUUUACGUGUAUCACGAAGGUAUUGCUAAAAAAGGGCCGAAUGAAGUGGCCUCAUUUCUAUUCCAUUUCAUCAUGAAUUAUUUGGACGAUGAAGUACAGGAACUGGAAAUUUUCUGCGAUUCUGCAGGGGGGCAGAAUAAAAACUACACGAUAUUUAAAUUCAUUCAUUACAUAACGAACAAUAAAAUUCAUGGCCUUACGGAUAUCAAAAUAACAUUUCCUAUUCGUGGGCACUCAUAUUUGGAGUGCGACAAAAACGCUGGUUUAUGGAACUUAAAAACAUUGAUGGAAAUACCUAAGGAUUUCGAAGAAAUGGUGAAAUUAUCACGGACGAAACCAUCUUCUUUUACUGUUGUCAGCGUUUCCCAAAAAAUUAUACUGGAUUGGAAGAAAAUGUUGCCAUCAAAGUACAUAGCUAAAUGCCCUUUUAGAACGCAGCCUAUUAAAAUAAUAAAUUAUUCAACCAGUCAUAGUCGCUUGCUAGAAUAUCGCACGACGUUCAAUGGACCUAGGCUGACUGGCAUUAUAAGGUCACCCCGGCAAUGUCAGCAAUCAUUAGAAGAUGGAUUGUUUGAACUUCCCCCUCCAGCUUACAACGGUCUCCUGCCAAUUUCCAGUGCAAAAUUCAAAGAUCUGCAAAGCCUAAUGAAGUUUUGUGCCCCCACUACUGUGGAAUUUUUUCGUCAAUUACCUCAUGAUUAA